GCUCGGGAUGCCACGUCACGCAUGAGUGCGUGUGUGGAGAAGGAGGGCUGUUCCGAGACAUGCCGGACCUGUGUGGCUCGUUCUAUGCUUACUUCAUCCAGGACUGGUUCCGCUCCUUCCACCCCCAGGCCUUCCUUUUCCUGCGGUUCGAGGACUACAUGGCCAACCCCCGCCCGCACAUCACCCAAACCCUCGACUUCCUCGGCUUCCCCGCUGCUGACGUGGCGGAGGAGCAGUGGGCGGGGAUCGUCGACCUGGAGCGCGUGGAGCAGCGGCCGGAGGGCAUGGUGAGGGAGGAGCUGGAUGGGGUCACACGGGAGUACCUGGAGGCGUUCUUCGCGCCUUUCAAUGCAGAUCUGGUGCGGUUGCUGCGUGAUGAGAAGUAUUCGUGGAAGAGAGGGCAGAGGUGA